CGUCGCGCCAACCUAUGGGUCAUAUCCACCGAUGAGAUCGUUAGAAUGGACUGGUUUGAUGAUUACGCUGCCGGAUCUUUAGCACAGAGUUCAGGGAAUGUCUUUGGGUAUAUACCAAGCCGUUCUAAAAAGACAAUUCAUCCUCAACGGUCCAUUGUCUCUAAUCUCAUCGGCUGGGAAUACGUUGAUCUCGGAUAG